AUGCCAGUUUGCUACUGCAAGCUUCAGAGGUGCGGUCGUUAGUCGCGUAAGCCGGUUCGCGGUGUUUUCGCUGAUCUUUAUUUCACGUUUGUCGCGGCGUGUGAAUCAAAGACAGUAAUAAACAUGUCAAGAAGGAACAAUAUUCGUACGUGACACGAGUGUUAAUAUUUGUGCCUCAUCUUUUAUUGUGCUGUAAUGACGACCAGGCAAAAUCGAAGAAAACUAUAUUGAGAAAAGUGUCGAUUCCUCGAAGAAGCAGCCACGGUAUGUCACUUAUCAAUUUCGAUCGCCAGUGGCUCGUGAUCUUCGACAAUAGAAUACCACCUUGGUGACAGUGAUCGCAUACCUUCUCUAUAAUUAAACUAUAUAAUGUCAACAGUGAACUCGAGUGCUCGUCCAAGUACAUCCGAAGCCAUCUGAGAGACAAGACUUGAUUCGGUGUUCGUUGCUUCGGUGUCCGCGUAAAAAGACGAAGAAUUUCAAUAGAAUCAGAAGGAAGAGAAAGAAAAAAGAUAAGAAUGGGGGGUUCGAUGAGAGGAACGAGGAUCUCGUGGAGCGUGUGUCGACCGUUGUCACGAUGGAGAUCGAGAUUGUUGGGCCAGUGGGCCUGAGAUAUGCCAGCAGCAUCGGUUAGCUCGGUGAUCACGGAAACGGCAUCGUCCUCAUCAUCGAGGCUGAGGACGGAAACGGCGGCGUCGGGCGGUAUAGCUGGCCGACAGCUGGCCAGGCUAGAAAUCGAGACGAUCGAGCGACGGGUCUGUGCGACCCGACGCGAUCUCUUCGUUCCUGUGACCGUCGAUCCACGGCCAAGUCGAGCCGUCCAUUGUCCGGACUUGAACGCCUGUCUGGUGAACGAGUCUCGAUCGGGUAACGAUCAGGUCGACUGUCAGGCCGUCCACUUCGGUUACGCUAUACCCGUGAACGUAGUCCCACUCGAGGGUAAUCCUGAACUGGUGGAGCUGGUGUUGGAUCACUCGACCGAGUUGAGUAGAAGAACGACGAGCUUUCUGCUCGAACACCAUCCCCAGCUACGUCAACAGACGCGCGGACACGGCCAGACGCAGCAGGAAGAUUGGAGAAUGGCUGCGACGGCUAAACACGAUCUUCGUCGCAAGUUCCCCACGGACACUUCGACCUCGGGCGACGAAGAUAUCGCUGCGAUCGCGAAACAAAUCAGCGACCACGCGGAGGCGAUCUAUCAGACGUGGAAGAGCCGAGGUCUGGCUCCCACGGAGAUCUUGAAUUGCCACAGCAAUGCAACCGCGGCGGACAAGUUCGGCACCGUACUCACUCCGACCUCCAGCCCGAACAGCACCGGUAAAACUACCCCGACUACGCCUACCUCUACGGCCACUGUCGACAUACUGACUCAGGCACCUAGCCUGGACAACGGAAACCUGGAGAAGCUGGUUAAUAAUUUCGUGGUUGAGGAUAAAGCGAGGAUAGCCGCGUCCAGGCAGAGAUCGCCGUCCAAGACACUGCCUUCGUCGAUACAGUUCGCGCUGCAGAAGUUUGAGAGGAACUCGACGCAGCAGCAGCAGCAGCAGCAGCAGCCACCGCCACAGACAUCGCCGUUGAAGAACAGCAACGUGGUGGGUGGUCAGGCCAAAACGAAACAGAUUACGUUGCUUUCGCCUACGUCUCCGUUCGCUAAUAAACCAUCUCAGAUAGUGAAGCCUCAGGUGUCUUCGAAGACUCCUGGUGCUCAUCAUCGAGAAGUCUUCUUGGAGACGAUCGAGACCACGUUCCCGGCUGACAUAACGCCAUCGAAGAUCGUGGUGCAACAGAAGAGGCCAACCAGCACCGUCAUCACAUCUCCGAAUCUCGAUGAAUCUUCUAUGAACUCUGGCUUAACCACGUGGCCACUGAAGAACAAGUUGAACGAAGGUAAGAGGAUAACCACGGAUCCAUCCGCGAGGUCGUCUUCGCAGGAGAGUAAACUGUUGAUAACGAAGGAGGAGAAGAGGAACAGUGGUUCAAAUUCGAACGUCUACCUAGACGAAGUGGCUCGCGAGGAGGAAAGACUGAUAAACGCGUUGAAAACUGGCUCGGUGAUCACGGAGGAACCUACGGAGAGGACGGUGCCGGCUCUGGCUCGACAGAAACCUGCGAUAAAGCGAGAAAAGCCAAAAGUGGAACCCGUUAAACCCAUAAUCAUUGGUCACAAUCACCAUGGCACCGGUCUGGUACCAGCCUCCGCGACUAUGGUGAAUAAUGUCGUCAGCACUCCACCUGGAAACGGUACACCGAUCGUGUCCGACGCGAAAUCCCUUAGUAAAGACGAUUUGUCUAACAUGUCCGUGGUGGAUUACGCGAAAGUGAGAUACAGGGCGGCUCAACAAAAUCCAGCGACGCAACAGAGGCUGGAAGAGCAGAAGACGAACAACGGGCCGGCGUUCAACGCCACGGAACAGUUGGUGUCCACCACUAGGUCCAAGUUUGAAACAGAGAUACGAAAGGAUAAAGAGGCUAACAAGGAGGAGAAAGAUCCUGUAACGUCCAGAUGGGGACCAAGGAUCAAUUCUCCCAGGCCAAGGAUCGAGCAAGUGCCUCAUCCUGAGCUAACCACCCAGCAGAAGCAGCAUAUCAGGGCUGCUGCUGCGACAGGAACCGGAAAUAAUCCUAUCAGACCCUUCCUCACUAGAGGUUCGGUCGCCGAACGUGUGCUUAUCUUUGAAAAGUGUCCUAGCGAGUUGUUGCUUGAUAAACGGGGACCGCGACAACCAGCUAUCAACACUUGGAGGACCGGGCACGAGGUUCAAAAUAAGGCUCAGACGUACGCGAAAGACAAGACACAGCAAAAGAGCUUGCCACCGCACACCACGCUCCAGAGGCACGUGAAAGCGAACAGAAACGUUCACAUACCACGAUUUUACUUUCCUGGAGGAAAACCUGUGCCGGUGUCUCAGAUCGAUGCAACCGUUUCCAAGAUCACUGCUGCUUUCCAAGCUCUACCAGGCCAUCGGGCUUCUCGUGGUCAAUUUCAUACCAUCACCAAGGCAUGCGACUUGCCGCUUUACUGGAAGGUGCCGCUUUUCCUCGCGGCUGGAGGAGAUCAGACUGGAUACGUCGAGAUGAAUGCGUUCCUUGAUUUCUGGAAAGAAUUGUCGAAUACCCACCACGACGCGGCGAGCAAGUUUAUCAGAAUCACAACCCGAGGCCAGAGGAACAAUAUACUCCCAGAGGAUUUAAUCCCAUUGGUGCAAGACGUGGUCGAGACUCACCCUGGUUUAACUUUCCUGAAAGAGGCUACUGAGUUUCAUUCACGCUACGUACACACGGUGAUCGCCAGGAUAUUUUAUUGCGUAAAUCGAAGCUGGAGCGGAAGAAUCUCUGUAGCUGAACUGAGAAGAAGCAACUUGAUGUCGGUGAUCGCGAUUCUAGAACACGAGGAAGAUAUCAAUCAAGUUACCGCAUACUUCAGCUACGAACACUUCUACGUUAUAUAUUGUAAAUUCUGGGAAUUGGAUCGAGAUCACGAUCUUUUUAUCGAUAAAACGGACCUCACCAAACAUAACGAUCAUGCCCUGUCGAAACGUAUGAUCGCAAGAAUAUUCAGCGGUGCCGUGACAAGAGGUGGCAUGAAAAGUGGGAACGGUGUGCAGCAACCACAGGAUAAGAUGAGUUAUACAGAGUUUGUAUGGUUCUUGUUAAGCGAGGAAGAUAAAAACCACCCGACUGCGAUCGAAUAUUGGUUUAGGUGCAUGGAUCUCGAUGGAGACGGUUACUUAUCAAUGUACGAGCUGCAAUAUUUUUAUGAAGAACAGUUGCACCGCAUGGAAGCAAUUGGAAUCGAAACGUUGCCCUUUGAGGACUGUCUCUGUCAGAUGUUGGAUAUGAUCAAACCAGAGACACCAGGAAAGAUAUCUUUGAGCGAUCUGAAGAAAUGCAAAAUGACGUCGAUCUUCUUUGAUACAUUCUUCAAUCUUGAGAAGUACCUAGAUCAUGAACAAAGAGAUCCCUUCGCGUCAGCUAGAGAACACGAUCCUGAUGGUCACGAGCUGUCAGAUUGGGAUCGAUUCGCAGCAGAGGAAUACGAAUUGCUAGUUGCUGAAGAGAGCGGUAACGAACAGAACGAGCAAAUGUCGUACGAUUGCUUACCAGAGGACGUGUUCUCCCGAAACUUGGACAUUCUGGACAGCGAAUCGGCGGAUUUGCUUGAAAAAUCAGACAUUCAGUUCUCAGGACAUCCUGACGGUCUGUCGACGGUCGGCCAGUCAGAUUCGAUUCGGCAUCAAGCCAGAAGUCAAUAUUAUGAUAGCGGUGACAGUGAUGAUUACGCUGAAAGCGAUAAUUAAUCGUUUCCUCGUUUGCAAACGCGCAACGAUAUCUACUUGAAGAAAUUGGACGUGAUUGCAAAGAAGAGAAAUAUCCUGUCCCCUCGAAGCGAAAGUAGUUUAAACGUGUAGUUAUUCUCUAUACGAUUAAGAGAAUCGUGUAAUCUCGUCAAGAAUGACCGUAUCAACGAUGGCAGAACGAUUCUCAAUGGAUCACCGCAUCAUUUUUAUAUCGAAGGAUCAUCAGAUACGAAUCUAUUCGGUGGUCAACUUCGAAUCACCGCCCUGAAGUACAAAAAUAGCCGAGGAAUUUUGAUUUUAACAUUCUACCCAGGUGAAGGAAUGUUCGAACAAUUUUAUUAAUCGUUUACGAGUGAGAAAAAUGAAGAUUGAUUUUUUCUAAAAGUAGGGGGAUUCACUUUUCACCGAAGUGUUAAAUAGGAACACGUCGAAAAUUGAGCCACCUAUACGCAGAAAUUGGGAAAAGCUCAACAUCACCGAAUCGAUCCGUAACUCUGAAUAGUCUGGCGAUAGAAAUCAGGCCAUGUGAUAAACGGGCGUCGUUGUUCAACUUAUCAAUGAUAUACAUAUUGUGUACUUCGUGUUGUAAAUAGACAGCAAAUCACGGACCCUUAUUUUUACUUAAACAUGUGGGAAUCAUUUGAAAUAGCGGCUCUUUCAAUUGCUGCAGCCGUUCGUUAACGUGUUGACUGUCAUGGGGGGGGGGAUUUUCUGUGGACUAAUGCUACAAAUUGAAACAGUGGAAAAAAUGGAGCAUAUAGCUAUUUCUACAGUGCUAGUCAACGUGUUAAGGAACUUUUGGACCUAUAGCUUUAGGAACAUUCUUACGAAGGAUCAGGUUCUACUUGGUCGGUUCUUAAAGUUUCAUUCUCGUGAACUACCCUUUUUCUAGCCCAAAGAAAGUCAUAUUUUUUAGACGAAACAAAAAGAAGAGAGAAAGGAAAUUUUGCGAGCAUAUACACAUGUACACCCUCUGUUUCUCUUGAAAAGAGAAUUCACUGUUCGAGGCUGCAACAAGUGGAAAUUGCGCGUGAAAGGAUACACUAACGUGAGAAAAAAGAAAAAAAGAAAAAACUUUUACCCUUCUGUACUCGUCUUGUAUACCAUUAGUAUUACGUUGUGUGCGACAUUAAUUACACGCACGAUAAUAUCGUUCGAAGGGUUCCGAGACGAGAACCGUGACAAAGUAUUCAGCUAAUUGCACGUAGAGUACUCGUAAAUGGGUGUUCGUCUUCUUUUUGUCGAUGGUUGCAGACUGCUUCAGGCUUUGCGAUUUCGUUUGCGAUUUCGAAGUAGGUUUGUACCGAGACGAUAGAGUAACAAGCCAAAGACGCGAAACUAGGAGAGGAAAAGAAGAAGAAAAAACAGAGAAAUUCUGAACGAAGAUCGUGCUUAAACGACACACGACACAUUGUUCUCUUCAAUAAUAAGCGACGAAUGUUAUUAAGGCUCUGGGAAAUAUCGAGUGCGUUCGAAUUUCCCCUUGUUUAUUGAACGUUUAGCGAACGUAGCUUUUGUAAUCUAAGUUUAAAGUUGCUUCAUAGUGUUCUCUUCGAAACGAUGCAUUCUAAAUAUUCAUUGUUUCUUCUCUAUUUGUCUCUCUCUCUCUCUCUCUUUUUUUAAUUAGUUUAAUAAGGUAACAGAGAUUUUAUGUACUUUUUAACGUUGUUAAGGAAUCAUUUAUCGUUUAAAGUAAUGAAAAAUUCGACCACAAAUAUAUAGAAGAUUCUUCGAUUUUUAAACUUUCUUCGGGAAAAAGAAUAUUCUCCCGUUGUAUACGAUCGUCGAAGAACGUGUGGUAUAAUUUCAUUGGGAAAAAGAACACUUAAAUGCGGUUCAACAACUUAAUAAGUUUGCGAGUUUGGAGACCAAUUUGUACCCUGUGUUAUUUCUCAGUAUGUCUCUCUUCAUUGUUACCAUUCAGUUAUUAACAGAUUCGCUACCAGCGUUCCGUAUAUGUGUUACAAUCUAAAAUUGUUAUCUUAUAUAUAUAUAUAUAUAUAUGGGUACAUUAAAAAUAAACAAAGGUUGUUUCACUUGUGGUAUAACAUGAUAUUAAGUAGUAUAAUAUUAUAAAUGAUGUAUAUGACUCGAAAUUAUGUUAUUUUAUUCAGUGUUUUAUAAAAAGAAAAGGGAGAAAAAAAUUGAGCGCUGAUAGCGAACAUGUUAAUUGAUUGUGAGAUCUUGUUUCUGCGUGAAUUUUAUUCCCUUGUUGUUCUAAUAUUAAAUGGACAAUUAUUCGAAUAAUAUAUAUAUAUAUAUAUAUAUCUAUUGUUUCUUAAUAGAACGCCCUGAUCAAGGGUACAGUUGCACUAUCGCAAUUUGCUUGAACCGCCAAGACUGCUGGAAUAUGUAUAUAUUACUUUUUCCGCAAAUUUGAUUUUAAUCGCGUACAUAGAAUAUAUACUACUCUAGUCGAAAUGUGUGCUAUAAUUCACGUAACGAAAACGGCGAAUUCAUUUUUUCUUCUUAAUUUCUUCCAUGCUAUUUGAUGAAUUGCAAGCUACGUAUUGAUGCGUGUAAAAAUUUUCUUCGUCGUAAAGGAUAUUUAAUCCUGGAACAGAAAAUUUCCAUUUAAACGAGAAUAUGUUAGUAAUAAAAUAACAUCCAAUGUAUUAGUUACGGUAAUUUAGUAAAAAAUAUUUUUCAUUUCUUUGGAUGAAAAGUAUCUUGCUUACUAACAAAGCGUUGAGAAGGGAAGUUUAAACAAAUUAAAAACUAUCGAUAAACAAAGAAAUGAAGAAAAUUAAUUAAGUUGUAAAAAGAAAAAUGUCCCAGAAUUAAAUAUUUACACUCGCUUGGUGCUCUAAAUCGAUGCUUGGUAAACAAGUACAUAUUGUUCUUGUUGUUUGCGUACCUAUUUGGUUAAUUGCACGAUCUUCUUUUUCAUCGGCUAUUUUUAAUUCAUGUUUACCAAGAUAUCAACAACGAUACGCGCUUUACUUUACGUUGAUGAAUUUUCAUCACUGAUACGAUGAUUGGGAAAAAAUUUGUAAGGCUUACUGUUAAAAUCUUGCAGAAUCGAAUUAGUGAAUUUCGCCGUAAUAUUUCUAAAAAAAGGGAUAGUUAACCCUUUAUUUGAUGAGAUAAAAUUACAGAACGAAUAACUCUUUUUUCGUUGAAAUAAAAUAAUAAUUAUGGAUUAAGGAUCUCCAAGUAAAGGGUUAAUAUUUUAGAGGAGGUUAUUUAAUUUCUCUGUUGCAUUUUCCGCACCCAGAGAACCAUUUUUUGCGAGUGAUCGCUUUUGUUGACUAUCCAAAGAUGUAACUAUUAACAUUUACAGUUGUAUCUUUUAUAUAGCUCGUUAUAAUUUUUUUACCAUAUAUAUGUAUAUAUAUGUGCAUAUCUCUUUUAUAGAGUUUCAUCAUGACAACAUAGUAUCCAUCAAAUUUCCAUUGAACGAAAGUUAAAACAAGAAAAAAAGGAAUAAGAAAUGUUUAGUUAUUCGUAAUUGCAUUUGGUCAUGUAUUCGAUUGUUAUAUAUUUAUUCAUUACUGUACGAUAGGUUUAUCACUGUUCUAGCGAUCUGUUACACGAUUUUUGAAUCAAGCAGUUAUCUCGAGCGAUUCCGUGUCUAUUUCUAAGGAAGAAUGAUUAUUUUUCAUGGGACAACUGGUACGGUUGAGAUAUUAAAUUCAUGGUUAAUAUUCGCACACGCGUGCUUAGACGGUUUCGAUAAUACACUCACGUUCACCAUUUACCUACAUUUUUAUUUAUAUAUUUUAUCUGUGCAUGAGUAGACAAUUAAGGUAAUUUUGCAAGUUAAUAAAAAUGAUUGGUAAAAGAAA